AUGCAGCGCUGGCACGAUGUGGCCUGCAGACACCCAGAUGUCAGAGUGUCAGCCGAUCAAACGCCUCGCUGUCAUGCAUGCGGCAAAGAGCCACAGAUAACUAAGCUGGAAAGAAGCGGAGGCCCAAGCCACUCCUCCCUGUCUAUUCCUCCCGAUAAAUGUUUAGGAGACUUGGAUCUUUGGUGGCCGCGCUCGGUGCCGUACGUUCAAUCAAGCCUUAAGCUAGACGCAGAGUCAGAGGAUGCUCCUCUGGUUAUCGAUCCACAAGAUGAUGCAGACGAAAAACCGGCAGAAGACAUAAUAUACAAAUCAACUCUCGGAUCCGACGAGUUCCGCCUGGUCUGGCUCGACUCUGCCGACACCCUCGACAGUCCUUUACAUCUCAACCUUUGCGACUACAAACUGGACGACUGCCCCGAGUAUGAACCCGUGUCGUACACUUGGGCCGGAGAAGAUGGCGACAGCACGCCUUGCAAGCCUGUUUACUUUGGUCCAUUCUGGGACAUCAUGCUACAGACCAAGAACUGCUGGGAAAUGCUUCGGUUCGUACGGCCGUGGUAUGGCAACCGCAUUGUGUGGGUUGAUGCCAUCUGUAUCAACCAGGCCGAUAUCCAGGAGCGCAAUAUCCAAGUGGCAAACAUGAGUCGUAUUUAUUCUUCUGGUAACCGGGUCAUCAUCUACCUGGGACCAGACAUUGCUAUGCCGCUAUAUGGCAAGCACCCACGACGUCGCAGGCUUCAUGAGAUCGCAGACGGCACCGUCACAGCGAAUUUCCCAACUCCCCAGCCAGUUGAUAGCUCUAGGCACACAUCGUCUAUCGAAUCUCCCAGGAGUCUAAAAGCACUUCUAGGACGACGGUAUUUCUCCCGCAUAUGGGUCAUCCAGGAGCUGCUCUUAUCACAGCGCGCCGUAAUACGCGUCGGAGACGUUGACUUCUGGACUGACCCUACCACGUCUACCUACUUCUCCAUCAACUUGCCGGAGUGGAGUUGGGAGCAGACAGAUGCAGCGUGGGUGCAAUAUGUCUCACAAGGUGCCGCGAGCAUAAACACCCUAAGAGACUUACUACUGCUGACCUCUCACUGCCGUGCCACGGAUCCUCGUGAUCGUCUGUUUGGGCUUCUGAGUAUAAUGCCUGAGAUGCCUCAUCCAAGCGCAGAGGGCGAUGCCUCACCAGCAGAGGGCACCGGGCUUCACGCGGACUACUCACUCUCGUCCCAACACGUCUUUAUAGGUCUCUUUGCCUACUGUCUCUUGAAUCUGGGACAUAUCAAUAUCCUCUACCAUGCGUCGGGUAACCUGUCAAGAUGGAAAGCAUGCUAUCCCACCUGGGCUCCAGACUGGACGUCGCGAGCAACCUGGCGGGCCCUCUUUGACGGACCCGAACUGACCAGCGAGCAGGUGGAGGCGGAAAUUCGCGAUAUAAUCCAAGAGGGCGUCCGUGAUGGCCAAGGUGCCGAAUCGGAUUGGUAUAUAGAACCAAGGAGCAGCGAUUUGGGUUCUAUAAUCGAAUGCUGGGGACCGGCCUCAACUCAUGCCGCGACGCUGAGGCCCUGGUACAAAGACGCGCACAUAGACGCCUCGACGGGGGCACUGUCUAUAAAUUUGACACAUUACAUGUCAGUCCCUUGGAGGUUGAAGCGAGUUGGUCGCAUCGGUGUAUAUCAGAUUUUCGCAGUGAAAAAGCCGCUGGCUACUGUAUUCAUCCUCUCGGAACACCGGAUCGACAAGAUGGUUAUGGGAGACGGCAACGACGAGCUGUUUAUACUGAGUCAGCCCGGUCACUACACGCUACCGACCUAUCUUCUUCUGAGGAGAAACUCCGAUUCAGGAGAGAGGGAAUCGUACAACUUUCUUUCCGCAUGCCCGUUUGUCCAGAUUCAGACAGAUGUUAGCAUUGGCGCAAGGGGCUUCAUGCAUGUAGCGCUAAAAGACCUACAGUACAGCGUAUAUGACAUGCUCCAAGACCUGCAAGAGAGGCUGGACUAUCCGCUGUAUGUUCAAAAAGGCCUUGAACUCACUAGCCUUGAGAUGAAGGGGCUGUUCGCCGGGAUUGAGACGAAUCGCCAGAUCCUGCCCUUGAUCCAGGUGUUGCACUCGGAAAGGUUGAACCCCCCUGGGGACCCGGACGCUUUCGUUGACGCAUAUCUCGCUUGUCUGUCUCCAGAAUACAAAGCAUUCGCCAAGGGAAGCUUUCUCCAAAUCUCAUUUUCAACAAGUCAGGAGGGUGUAGCCGAAAUGUUCUUCAAGGAGCGCGGAAAGCUCAAUGGGUCUGAGGCUCGUUUUCGAUAUCGCGUUCGCGAUUCUGGAGAUGAAUGGAGAUCGACAAUUGUGUCUCAGUCCAAGUAUAAGCAAAUUACCCACUCCUCGCAACCUCAGCAGUGGAUUGACAUUUGCUUCAAAAUACACGAGGUUCGCCAAGCUUUGACGUUAUAUUCAAAUGUCGAUAGAAUUCUGGAUACCAUGGAUGUGAUUUCAGCUUCGACUGGGCGCACGGGCGAAGACUUAUGGUCAAUGGUGACUAGUGACCCUGGAGACGAGUGCAAGUUUAUUUGUAUCUCGCAAGCCCAAACAUAUAUUGAUUUAGACACAAAGUUAUGUGACUAUUUUAGGAUGAAUGGGAGUACAUUCAUGGUGAGCAUCGAGUAG